UCUUUCACAACUCCUCAAUCCACACACAUGACAUCAGACAUCCAACAUGUGAAAGGCUGUGAGGUGCUGACACGUGGCAAUUAUUGCCCGUGCCGCUCUUCGCGUUAGUUGGGCCAUCUACAGUUCCACGUCAUUCAGGAGGGAAGGCUUGAUUGAUUAUUCGUUGGAAUAGCAAACACAGAGAGAGAGAGAGAGAGAGAGAGAGAGAGAGAGAGAGAGAGAGAGAGAGAGAGAGAGAGAUCCAUGUAUGAAAAGAGCGCGAGUGCGGAUUGGUACCCACGUCUGCUGACGUGGCGGUAAGGAUAAGAUUUUAUCCAUUUCCGCGGGGGGGAGGUGGUGAGGUCCCGACUUUUGGUCUGGAUCCUGAGGUUGAAACCAGGGUCGGGACCAAGGUCGGGCAAAGGGACGGGGCCAGCGGCGCCGCAGGACCAAGUUGUGGGCCGUCGGGUUCGACGUCGGGAUCCCGGCGGCAGGCUGUAGGAAGCAAGCAGUGGCCGCCAUGGCUACCCUAGCGAUGGGGGCCAUCGGCUUGGAGGCCGGGAUGGUCUUGCCGGGUUGUGCCACGUGGCAGAAGAGGAUCCGCGACGGAGAGGAGAGCGGGGCUAUGGCGUCGUCUACCGUGGGCAACACGUGUGCGAGCGACAGGUGUCAGCUCCGAGGCUCGACGGCUAUGGUUGCCACAUGUCCCAGCAGGAUCUCUACCUCUGCCUCCAUCUCUGUUUGCAGCCGACGAUUGAUCCCCGCUCGCCUUCACACCAACUUCCACUCCCGUAGAGACAUGUGUCACUGCCUGGCGAACAGCAAGGAAAGGCGGAAGGCAGCUCCCGUCUGGAGGUCCACCAUAGCCGGGCAAGGAGCGUCGGCAUCGACGAGUACCGAUCCAAUCGGACGACCUCAGGUCUCAGAUUCUGCUGUACUUUCCGAAGGAGAAGCAGGAGCACCAGCAGCAGCAGUGAUUGUCCCAGAAGCCCCUGCAGAGCCUGCAGCAGCAACGCCUAGUAGCACUGCUGCUGCUGCUGCUGCUGGGGAUGUCAAGGGUACACAUUCGGCAACGCUAGGCUCUGCAGAGAUUGUGGCAGUGUCAGAGUCUGCAGAGACGUCGCAGAUAGCAGUGGCAGAAUCUGCAGUGUCAGAAGCAAGUGGGCGGGGAACUGAGCCUGCACAGGUGUCGGCGACAGGAUCAGAAACUCCUUCUCCAGCAGCAUCAGAUGAGGCUAAACCUGCUGCAGCAGCAGCAGCAGAAGCAGCAAAGCCUGUGGCAGCAGAAGGGAAGCCUGUAGCAGCAGAAGGGAAGGCUCCUGCUGCUGCAGUAGCAACCGCCAAGGCAAAACCAGCGGUGGCCAGGCGUCCAGUCAAACCCAAAGAGCCGGCAAAGGAAUUUUCGCUAGCCAUGGUGGAAGACGUCAUUCCGCCGCUGCAAGCUUCUCUCGAAAAGGAAAACAUUACAAGCCUCGCUCUCUCCUUCCAAGACAACCAG